AUAUUUUUCUGAUUAUAGAAACCAGUCCUAUCUCUCAAAAUUGUGCUUCCUUUGUCCGAUUCUCCUCUCGCAUCCUGCCUCAAUCUUAGUGAAUGUUUUCCCCUUCCGCCGUUUUGGGUGCCUGUCAGCUAUAUCUGUCAUAUAUUCUUUAAUUUUAGUUUUCUUGUCUUAUCUGCAAAUUGUGUAAUUAUAUAUCUUCACAAUUUUUGUGAUUUCCUCGUUUUCUUCUUCUGGGCGAAGUAUUCCAUAUCGAAACCUUCAAUAUUGAAGUUUUCUCAUGCUGAUGAACUCCAAAGUCAUAUAUUUUGCGUCAUACUAAAUUUUGGGUAGCUGGGUCUCUGUUUUUCCUAAUGGGUACUGCUGCUAUUGAGUACCCAUAUGGAAUCACUGCACAUUCCCGUGGAAAAUUUGGUCAGAAGUUGUUGGAUACUUCAAGCUCCAAGUUUCCUUAUAAAGUGGGAUUUUCAAGAACUAACUUGUACGAAAGUUCUGCUUCCAUCACCAAUUCCAAGGGAUUUGUUCGUCGAAUAUAUUCAGUACCUGAUCUUGAUGAUAUCUUCUGGGAGAAAGUCCCAACACCCAUACUUGAUGUGGUUGAAAAACCUAUCCACUUGAAGAAUUUGACGUCUAAGGAACUAAAACAACUAGCUGAUGAAAUCCGUGCAGAAUUGUCGUCUAUAGUGUCAAGGACUCACAAAUCUAUCAAGGCCAGUUUAGCAGUGGUGGAACUGACUGUAGCCCUUCAUUAUGUUUUUCAUGCACCUGUGGACAAGAUACUAUGGGAUGUUGGGGAACAGGCAUAUGCACAUAAAAUUCUCACAGGAAGGCGAUCCCUUAUGCAUACACUGAGACAAAAGAAUGGUCUCUCUGGCUUUACAUCUCGGUCUGAGAGCGAAUAUGAUCCAUUUGGGGCAGGGCAUGGAUGCAAUAGCAUUUCUGCUGGGCUCGGGAUGGCAAUUGCACGUGAUAUGAAAGGGAAACGAGAACGUGUUGUUACAGUCAUCAGCAAUGGGACAACUAUGGCUGGUCAGGUCUAUGAAGCAAUGAGCAAUGCAGGCUAUCUGGAUUCAAAUAUGAUAGUCAUUUUAAAUGACAGCCAUCACUCUUUGCAUCGAAAGAUUGAAGAGGGUCCCAAGACUACCAUCAAUGCUCUAUCUAGUACCCUAAGCAAGCUCCAGUCAAAUAAAUCAUUUCGGAAGCUUAGAGAAGUUGCAAAGGGUGUUACCAAAAGAAUCGGUGGGAGUAUGCAUGAAAUAGCAGCCAAAGUUGAUGAGUUUGCACGUGGUUUGAUGGGUCCUCCAGGAGCAACCCUUUUUGAAGAACUUGGUUUGUAUUACAUAGGUCCUGUUGAUGGACACAACAUUGAAGACCUAGUUUGUGUUCUACAAGAAGUGGCAUCCCUGGAUUCUAUGGGUCCUGUCUUGGUACAUGUAAUAACAGAAGAAAAUAGAGAACGGGAAGAUAAGCAAAAGGAUGGCAAAUUGGAAAACCUGCAGGAAGGUUCAUUUAUGUCUGAUUCUUCUCUCUGUAAUAUUCACACUCGAACUUAUAGUGAUUGCUUUGUGGAGACUUUGAUUAUGGAAGCAGAGAAGGACAAAGAUAUUGUGACUGUUCAUGCAGGAAUGGAAAUGGAAACAGCUUUUCAAGUAAUUCAGGAAAGAUUUCCUGACAGGUUUUUUGAUGUGGGAAUGGCCGAGCAACAUGCAGUUACUUUUUCUGCUGGGUUAUCAUGUGGAGGGUUGAAGCCAUUUUGCAUAAUUCCUUCUGCCUUUCUACAGAGAGCAUAUGACCAGGUGAUCCAUGAUGUAGAUCAACAGAAGAUUCCAGUUCGUUUUGUCAUUUCAAGUGCAGGAUUGGUAGGGUCUGAUGGUCCAAUGCAGUGUGGGGCAUUUGAUAUAACAUACAUGUCAUGCUUACCAAACAUGAUUGUUAUGGCACCAUCUGAUGAGGAUGAGCUUGUGGACAUGGUGGCUACUGCUGUUCACAUUGAUGAUCGUCCAGUCUGCUUCCGUUAUCCAAGGGGUGCCAUUAUUGGGACAGACCACUAUGUGCGCAGUGGAAUUCCAAUUGAGGUUGGAAAAGGGAAAGUUCUUAUAGAGGGUAAAGAUGUUGCUUUGCUUGGGUAUGGGGCAAUGGUUCAAAACUGCCUCAAAGCUCGGCACCUUCUUUCAAAGCUGGGCAUUGAGGUAACUGUUGCUGAUGCAAGAUUCUGCAAGCCACUUGACAUGAAGCUUCUCAGACAACUAUGUGAAAACCAUGCAUUUCUGGUCACAGUUGAGGAAGGGUCUGUUGGAGGAUUUGGAUCCCAUGUUGCACAGUUCAUGGCACUUGAUGGACAGCUUGAUGGCAGAGUUAAGUGGAGGCCUAUUGUUUUACCAGACAGCUAUAUCGAACACGCAUUGCCAAAGGAACAGCUAACUCUGGCAGGGCUGACUGGACACCACAUUGCUGCAACAGUCCUGAGACUACUUGGCCGCACCCGCGAAGCUCUCCUUUUAAUGUCUUAGAUAUGUAUACAUUCUCUGUUACAAGGCUCACUGAUUGCAUGUACCUCAGAGAACAGAGCCAAAGAUAGAUGGAAGCUUAAGAUAUUGUUGAGGUUAAAGUCGUUUCGCUGAUUUUUUCCCCAGUUUUUAAUUCCUAGUAAUUAUAUCAGGCUUGUGAUGAUUGUAUAGGACUGAAAACAUUUCUGACAAAACAAUUUUUAGGCAAAUUUGUUGCCAUUUAUCAAUAUUAAGAGCUUGAUGAAUGUAAACGUAGAAUCAUGUAGUCAUUUAUGAAUAUCAUCUUGUUCUGUUCACUUGUA